AUGUCACAUAUCCCAGCACUGAAAACCGGGAUUGGCAAUAGGUACCCUGGUCGGAGAUCGUCUAGGUUUUCAGAAUCCUCAUCAUACCCAAAACAAGUCAGGUUUGGGACAGAUAGACAAAAACCUAUCUCAUUGACACAGUCUGAAAGAGAGAAACGAAAGCAAGAAGCUUUGAAUUUUUUGCGGAAUGAAACAUCUGGUAUUAAGAGAGCUUCCAUUUUUGACUCGGGGUUGGAAGGCGGCAAUGAUAGGGCAGUGCCAACAAUACAAAGAAAAACACAAUCAGAUUUGAGACGUUCCUUGUCAGCCAACUUAAAAACAUACGAAUUACUGGGAGAAACUCCAAUUUCCCGUCUAUCACGAAAUCCCUCCAAAUCAUAUAUAUAUGACGACAACUCUUUGAAAAAUAUUACGAGAGAAUCGCUUAAAAAAAACCCACUGCCGUUCAGGCAAACAGUAGAGGACAACUCAUCACGUAUUUCUAAACCCAAUUCAAACUAUUACAGAAGAAAUAAUGGCUUAUUGAACUCACUAAGCAACUUUGGGUCAAAAGUGUUUAAAUCCAUAUUGUAUAAUGAAGACGAUACCGUCCAAGAAAAUGAACAACAUGCAAGUUCGUCUUACUUGAAUGACUUAAAAAUACAGCGGCUGAAGCAAAAAGAGCUAGACUUGAAGCUUCAAGAAAGAAUGCGAUAUUUGGAUGAGCUUGACAGAAAAAUUGCCAUAAAAGAAAAUGAACAGUUCAACAAUACCUUUGUCGAGUCUGUAAAUAUUGACAAACAAAUACAGAAGCUAGAUGAUAGAUUGCAUAGCAUUCUUGAAGAAGUCAAUUCAAGCUCCAAUAACAAACUUAUAAAGGAACUGCGAGAAAUCAAGGAAGAAAUAGUAUCAUUACGCCGAAAGCAGGAAUCAAACAACUUGAAAUUUGAAUCAAAGUUUGAAGACAUGCGCCUUGAAAACCAAAUGAAUAGAAGAAAAUUUGAGCGGUUGUUGAAAGAUCUGGAGGAGAAGCACAAGGAAUUGGAUGUAGCAAAGACGUCGAUGAAAAAUCUGAUCAACCAAAAAUCUGUUGAACUUCAAGAAGAAAAAGAUGAUGAGAAUUCCGAUGAAGCUGACAACUGUGAUAGCGGGAACUUAGACGCAGCUGAUGAGCAUGAAAUUGAUGUCAUGGAAAAGGAGGAGGCACAAGAUAUAAUACGGUAUAUUUUGAAUAACAGGCGGCGUGGUCAAAAGAAAGGGGUACAUCUGGACAAAGCCAAAGUCAGACAAAUACGAAGCAAUUUAAAGAAAAUUGAGGAUGGAGCUCGUAUAAACAAAGCCUGA